UUGACCUUUUCCUCGCUCUCUCUUCCCUUCUUCCUCCUCCAUCACCCACCUCUCCCCCGCCCGACUCCUCCCCAGGGCGUCCUCGACACAUCCACUCCCCCUAUCAUGCACAAGAUAUCGAAUUUCACCGGUUCCGCUCGACACGGAUGGGAGAAGAUGACUCCCUCGGCCGGCUUUCCCUUCUCCAGAUCCAACCAUGACAUGCCUGUACCAGCUCCCAUCAAGCGCCCGUCGACCGCGACCGCCGCCCCGCCCGUCAUCCCCCCCGGCACCCAAGUCAACCUGUCCUUCAAUGUGCCCUUUGCCUCGAGCCUCGCCGGCCCAGACGUCGACGACAUCAUGUACGCCAGCCCGGGAGCCAAGGCACGGUGGAGCCAUCCGGAUGCCACGGCUGAGCCCUCUCCAACCCACAAGCUGCCCGUUCAUGCUCAGAAUGUCGACAACUUGCGCGCCUUGUGCCGGGAGGUCACAGAGCAGACCGAGGGACGCGUCGCUGCCAACGUCGUCUCGGCCGAAUCCAAGCCUCUACCCGGCCUGCAGCGGGGUCCUCUACGCGCCCUAGUCACAAACGUCUGCUUGUCUGGCGAGCUGGAGCUUGUGAGCCAGAUGAGGUGCAAGCUCCUCAACUCCACUCCCAUCUCUCUGCGCUCAUCCUACGUCGAUGUCGAUUCCGAUCUGAUCAUCGACCGCGAAUCUCAGCAUAUCAAAGGCGUGGUGCUCAGCCAGCUGGAUCUCAUUGCCAAAACUACAAAGGCCGACAUCUUUGUCUUGAUGCCUAAGCAGCCCGACAUUGAGUCGGCAAGCUUCAAUGGCAACCUCGAGACGGGCAUGGACUCGCGCCUUCGCUGUGCCAUUUACGGCGACAUGGAGACCAUGGAGCACGCGAAGACGCGCGUGCUCAUCAUGAUUGACCAGAUUCUCAAACGUCAAGUGGAUUCGAUGAAGUUGGAGCUGACGAUGCAUACUCUCAUCUGCGGGCGGGGGCGUAAGAACAUCAAAGUCAUUGAGUCGGCUACAGGAACCGCCAUUUAUUUUCCCCCGCCAUUCCCGCGCAUCUUUGGCUAUACCCCGCCCGGUGCGCAGCGAAGGCCUGAUGAUUUGAUCUACAUUACGGGAGAAAGCACAGAAAGCAUUCUGCGCGCAAAGCAACGCCUCCAUGACCUCGUCAUGUCCACCAAGGUUUUUGUCAAGCCCGUCAUGGUAACAGACACCAAGUUGGAUGCUAUCCUUCUCGAGCGUCUGGACAAGGUCCGCAAGAUCAUAGAGAACAACGGUUCCUACAUCUUGCUCCCUCCCUUGGGAUUGCAGCGCGGUGUUGUUCGCGUGCAGGGCACGGAUGUCUUGCAUGUUGAACGGACCGUGCGCGAGUUAAUGGCUCUCGCCGGCCAGUUUUAUAGCGCCUCGUGGUUCAUUACCCAUCCCGAUCCUACUCAGCGCCCACCCACCCAGGCUGAUGUACGUGCCAUGUUGUCGGAUAUCUGCAUCAAUUCCGGCGCAGAGAUCAGCUUUGAGAAGUACAACUUCCACAUUUACGGCUCCGAUGAUGCCGUCAAAGCUGCCAUGAUGGUCAUUCACAACAUUCCCUUCGUGAAAAAGUCCCAGUAUAACAUGAGCGUGAAGAUCGAGCUUGCCAACGAACACAAGGAAUUUGUCAGCGGAAAGAAAAAUGGCAAGAUCAAUAAGAUCAUGAGCCACAGCAGUGUUCAGAUUGUCUUUGAUGGCUUCAACGAGUACAACUUUUACAUUGUAGUGCGAGGUGCCCAGUACGAAGCCACCAAGAACGGGCUUGACCUUGUGGAGCAAGAAAUGCCUGCUGCCAUUUCGUUCCAUGUGCCAGAUCAGUACCACAAGCGUAUCAUCGGUAUUGGGGGUCAGCACAUUCAGCGCAUCAUGAAGAAAUACUCCGUCUUUGUGAAAUUUUCCAAUGCCAUGGACCGCGGAGGAUUUGGCAAGGAAGAGGAUGACAUCAAGGUCGACAAUGUCAUUUGCCGCACGCCUGCCCGUAAUGCUCAGAACCUUGACCUGGUCAAGCAGGAGAUCAUGGAUAUGGUCGAGAAGGCUGAUGCUGAGUUUGUCUCCGAGACCAUCAACAUCAACCGUCUCUAUCAUCGCGAACUGAUCGCGCGCCUGGACAAGAUUGACGAGCUGGAGAAGAAGUUCAACUGCAAGAUUACCUUCCCCAGCACCGAAGAAGCCAGUGACACAGUCACUGUAUCGGGCCCCGAGUACCAGGUGCCUUUGGCUGUCGAUGAAUUCUUGGGUAUGGUGCCGGAAGCGCACGACCUGUCUUUCCCUGUCUCUACCGAGUUGGGCGAACACAUGCGUUCUCCCGAGUUCAAGGCAGAAAUCCUCGACAAAUUGAGAGACCAGCACGUUGUAGAGGCUCACCUGAAGGACUUUCAGACUGAGACCGUCGAUGGCAAGGAAACCCGCAUUGAGACACUCCACCUAUCCUUUACCAGGAAUAACGCUGGUGGCCUCAAAGACGCUCUUGACUUCCUAAUCAACCAUUUGGUCAUGCACGGGCUGGACACAAGCACCAUCCGUGGCGCUCUUCCUCGACCCAAGUCGGACUCUUUUGAAGAUUCGCUGCCAUUCUUUGAGUCCAAGCUCCUACAACGUGCGGAGCCCCCGACGGACAACACCGAUUCCCCGACCCGAUCUCAUUUCGGCGACGAAGAGCGCCCCGGCAUGCUGGAUCGCCUCCGCAAACCCGGCAGCAUGUCUUCCUUCACCUCGCUCUUCAACCCACGUAGGAACGGCACCAACUCCCCCGGGUCGCUCUUCAAGCAUGCUUCGAGCAAUGCUUCGAAGGCGUCCCUUGCUAGUCUGGAGUCUCAGGGAAGCGGCUAUCGCAACCCUUGGAACGACAGCGGCAUCAACCUCGCGGAUGAUGAGCACCAUACCAACGGUUGGCCCAUGCCGACCCCGCGAUUCGAAAGCAAAUUUCCUUUCGGUUCUUCCUCAGCGGCGCCAGGAGACGUCACUCCUCGGUAUGACCCGCGGGCCUCCGUUGACAGCGGACGCCCCUCUACUUCCCAUUCUGCAUCUGGAUACCCGGGUCCUAUUGGCCCUCCCCGUUAA